AUGCAGACAUUGGAUGUAAUACUGCGAGACGCCUUUGUCAACGGAGCAUUUGUAUGCGAUAUCGGCAUCAAGCAUGGGCUGAUUGCUACGCUGGGUUCCAAUCUGGUCGCUUCGCAGGACACAGACAUCAUCGAUUGCGAAGGUGCCAUCGUGACUCCAGGUGGCAUAGAUGGUCAUGUGCAUCUGGCCCAGGACAAAUCGCCGCGAGCACAGGAAGCCGGAUACCAGUGUGCCGACACCAUUGAGACGGGGACGCGCAGUGCUGUUGCAGGAGGCACCACCACAGUGCUUUUGUUUGCCGAGCAGUCGCGAGGAGAGUCGCUUCGAGCAAAGGUCGAGGCCUACCACGAUUUGGCGCAACAACAAGGCUCGUACGCAGACUAUGGCUUCCAUGCCAUCGUAACAGACCCCACGCCAAAAGUGCUCGAGGAGGAACUUCCGAUCCUGGCUCGUGAAGGCAUAAUGAGCAUCAAACUGUUCCUGACGUACAAGCACAUGAGGAUAUCCGACAAGGACUUUCUUCGUGCUCUGCACAAAGCACGAGAACUCGGCAUGGUAGCGUUGGUCCAUGCUGAGAAUGGUGACCUUGUCGACUUUUUUACGGAACAGCUCGAGGCUCAAGGCCUGACGGAUCCGCUGUACAAAGCUGUUGCCCACCCGGCGGCUGCCGAAGCAGAAGCUACCAAUCGCGCUAUAACGUUCUCCUCGGUUAUGGACACGCCGCUGUUGAUUGUACACGUCUCCGUGCCGGAGUCAACCGAAGUCAUCAGGAAAGCCCAGUCACAGUUGAAGCCAGUGUUCGCGGAGACCUGUCCACAGUACUUACUGCUGGGGAAAUCCAACUUGGCGCAGGAGCACUUUUGUGGUGCAAAAUUCAUAUGCUCGCCACCACUGAGAAGCGACCCAAAUGACGUGGAAGCCAUUUGGAGAGGACUCGUCAAUGGGACGUUUACAAUAUUCUCUUCUGACCAUUGUCCUUAUAGGUUCACUGGUCCAAAUGGUAAGCAGUUAGGGCUUUCUCAGGCAGAUAACGGCAAUCCUAAUGGCAUGUUCACGAAAAUUCCUAAUGGCCUUCCUGGCGUCGAGACCCGACUCCCGCUACUCUUCUCUGAAGGUGUGUUAAGACGGCGAUGUAUCGACGUGAAGCGCUUCGUAGAAUUGACCUCGGAGAACCCUGCAAAGUUGUACGGGCUGUAUCCGAAGAAAGGCGCUAUCCAAGUCGGUUCGGAUGCGGACCUGGUCAUAUGGCAUCAUGCGUUCACUCCAAGGCGGCUGGUCCACAACAGAGACUUGCAUGACGGCUGUGAUUACUCGCCAUACGAGGGGAUUGAGUUUCUGAACUGGCCCAAGAUGACACUCUUGCGUGGCAAAGUCGUAUUCAAGGAUGGUCGAAUCGUGGGUGAUAGUCGGUAUGGUCGGUUUGUUCCUCGCAAAGGAUGCGGAUUGCCUCUGACUAGACGAAUGGCUGGAAAGUGGGAUGUACUGCAUGCAGCAGCCUAA